AUCGGUAUCUUCCUUCAAGAUAACGAUACGGGGUUGUUGGUUGGUCAAUUGUCGGAAGACUGAUCGUACGCCUGCAGCAGAAGAGUCUGACUGCAGACAGGCAACCUGAGAAUGCAGAAGUACCUUGAAUAAGCAACAAUAUUUCGACUUACUGAGUAGGUGAGGAUGGGGAGGAAGGAUGCAUGCGCUGCGAUGGCCCCGGUCGACCAGUACCGGAAACAGAUCGGUAAACAAGACUACAAGAAGACCAAGUCAGCUCUGAAGUUGACGAAGUUGAAGGCUGAGGCGAAGAAGAGUGCUCCUGGAAUAAGGGAUGCUUUCCUGGUCAUCUUAGCCAUCGUGGUGUUCAUGCUCUGUGUGUAUGCGUUCUUCUACCUCAACCUGAGCACUGAACUGGACAUGGACCUGGAUGUGGACUAAAGCAGGACAACUUAACCUCGGGCUCGGGGUCUUGCUGGGCUGGGCUAUUGUCAGUCUCUGUCAACGUGGCUCAUUGACUCAUCUGGAUGCAAAUUUGACUCCAUUUUUUUUUCCCGUCUGAUUCCGUUUAAUUUUUUCCCUCAUUUCUGUUUUCUCCAUUUUGUUUUCCCUGUUUUUUUUAGGCUUUUGUUCUCAAAAUCACACUUUUAUAGAACAUUCAAUUUCAGUUGUGGUCCAGAACGAUGCUUAAACCACGUCAGGAGACUACUUGAGGUCUGGGGAAAAAUAAACAAAUAUAUCAUUUUCGAUGCAAGGGCACACCAGCAAUAGACUGUUUGAUAAGUGAUGUAGCGUUCAUGUGAUGGCAGAGUUUGCAAAACAAUUGGCCACUGGAUUGUCGCGAUUGUCAUUCUGCCAAUUAGGCAUAGUCUACUUUUUGUAGACAUUUAAUUGUUAAGUUGUUUUUUUUGGGGGGGGGGAGCUUUAUCAUCUACCAAGAAGACUGUUGACAUUAGCAUCAUCUCUAACAGCUACACAGAGACAAAUGCGCGAACAGACAGGGCAGUCCUGUUGCCUCUUCAGAAAUAUGAAUCACUGAUGCGUUUUUAUUUCAUGUCUUUAUAUUCAUGAAUAUUAAUGAAUGUUAUAAGUUCAAUAAAUGUUGUAAUAUUGUUGAA